UCGGGAGAGAACGACGACGGAGAGCGAAGGCGGAGGAAGAGAGAAAGAGAGAGAGAUGAUACCGCAGCAAUGGACGCCGCCGUGUGGGAGUCAAUGCACGCACAAGUACGCAGCUCUUACGCAGAUUCCAUCUCGUUUGUUUUAGUUUCUCGAUGAUAAGAAUCGUGCUUCGGCGAAUUUGUAUUCAAGCAGGGAGAGUGUUCUGCAAGAAGGGAUGUGAUGCCGACAGUGACUCAUGGGAAGAUUGUGUAUCAGACUGCAGUGAGAUAUGCUACAAAGACCCUGUGCUAAAAGACCGACAAUGGAGUGCAUAUAUAGAUCGUUCUCCUGGAGCUGCCAGCUACUCUGAGGAAUGCUUUCACGCGUGUGUCGCAGGCUGUGGUUACAAGUUUGAAGUUGGAUCUGAGGAAGUCGAUAAGGUGAAACCAAAAAGACCACCGCCACCACCACCAAAGCCACAGCCACCACCAAGAGCUAAAGGACCAAAGCAGCCACCUAGUGAGGAGGUUCCUGGAACUUCAGCUUGACAUCAAAAGCUUUGGAACUAACUUCUUAAAACUCCUCAAUUUUUUUUGGUAAUCUAACUUGUGAGGGAGUAUCACUGUUCAGAGUAGCAAACUUCAAAGCAGCUGUUCCAUUUUCUUGAUAGUUUUUGACAAUUUGUAGUGGAGAGUGUAUUAGUGGGACGCGUCCCACGGAUGGACCUUGUGACGUUUUUAGUCCAUAAGGCAAAUCAAUGAACAGAUAUUGAUA